AUGAUGAUCAAGAAGGAGAAAUCACAAAAGAAAUCGGGCAAGGAGAACCACCAACAUGUUGGAGAAUGGUUAUGUUGCGACCUUGCAGAAGCGCUAGCAAUUCAGACCACUAGGACAUUGAAAGAUGACAACUUUGGCAUAAACCAAUACAAGGUCAAGGCGGAAGCUCUUUUGAGCUCCACUUGUCCACUCAAAAUAGAGUUGCCAGCGCCAGAAUCAACUCUGGGUUGGCCUCUUCAGAGACUAACUGUUCCUACGAUGAGUCAGGAAGCUCCUCCUCCUGAGAGAGAGCUUUGUGAUUUGAAGGGGAGGGACGUUGAUGAAUCACCAUUAUCAAGGCCUGGUUGGCCUCUCUUGCGGAUAGGAGCUAUCUCAGAAGCAGCUGUGAGUCCUAUCAAAGAAAAAAAGUCCGUGGCUCAGUGGGUGAUGGAUUUGCCUAGUCGAUCAUUUUCAGUAAAUCAACAGCCACAGGUUGAUUUGAUUUUGAGGGAUGUAGAGUACACAACCGAAAGAGAGAGCCGCCGUUAUGAUGCCACGAAUGGUGAUGAAAAUUUCUUAUCAGUAUCAUCAAGAAAGCUAGCCAGUGAAUUGGAGUUUCUCAUUGAAAAAAACUCAGUAGGUUGCAGGUUGUUCAGCUAUGAAGAAAUUAGGAGUGCAACUUGUCAGUUCUCAACAGGAAAUCUUAUCGGCGAGGGAGGGUGCAGCAGCGUAUACAGAGCAUGUCUCGGAGAUGGUAAACCAGUGGCAGUCAAGAUUCUGAAAUCAUACAAAGAAGCUUGGGAUGACUUUUUCUUGGAAGCCAAAUUUGUUUCUUCAAUUCAGCAUAAACACAUCACAUCUCUCAUUGGUGUCUGUGCGGAAGGUGGCAACCUUAUUUUGGUCUAUGAUCUCUUUCCUAGAGGGAGCCUGGAGGGAAACUUGCAUGGUUGCAGUGAUGGAUCUAUAGUACUGCCAUGGGAAGUGAGAUUCAAUGUGGCAGUUGCAGUUGCCGAGGCUCUAAAUUACCUGCACAAUGAAUGUCCUCCGCCCAUUAUUCACAGAGACGUUAAAUCCUCAAACAUUCUUCUCUCCGACGAGCUUCUGCCACAGUUAUCUGAUUUUGGGCUUGCUAUGUGGGGAUCUACGGAUUCUGCUUAUGUGAUAAGUAGUGAUGUGGUGGGGACUUUUGGAUACAUUGCUCCAGAAUAUUUCAUGCAUGGGAUGGUGAGUGAUAAGAUUGAUGUUUAUGCCUUUGGUGUGGUUCUCCUUGAAUUAUUAUCAGGAAGAAAGCCAGUUGAUGCAGGGGCCCCAAAAGGGCAAGAGAGCUUGGUUAAGUGGGCAAGACAUUUAUUGGACAGUAUGGAACUCAAAGCAUUGCUGGAUCCAAACUUAAACGGGGACUACAAUGAUAUCCAAAUGCGUAGAAUGGUAUUGGUAGCAGGCCUUUGCAUAAACCAAUCACCUCGUCUUCGCCCAAAAGUGAGCCAGAUACUGCAGCUACUAACAGGGGAGACGGAUGCCGAUAAAUAUUCUGAUUCUCAUGUUAUGGAAUCAAGGGAAGACGAUGACGAUGACCUUUUCCUGGAAAUUGAUUGCAAGUCGCAUUCGGUUUCUGCCAUGUCUGAUACAAAUGAUGGUAGCAGAUCAUCAAGUUCCACUGAUACAGCAUCGAGUGUUGAGAAAACCCGCCGCUAUAAGUUGAAGGACUACUUAACUAUACCUGACCAUUAUUCUUUGAGCGAAAUUUUUUUGCUUUCCUGA